AACGAGCUGCUCACAGACAAAAGAUGAACCGGAGAUGAUAAUAAUCUGACGUGUCAAAUUAUAUUUAAUUAUAGCGCCAAUAGUUUAACCAAUUCAACGACCACCUCUACCUUUCCCGGUCAUCGUCCACCACGGCCUCUUCUCUUCUCUAUCAGAUCUCUCUCUUCCUCUUUCUCUCUAUCUCUCAGUUGCUGAAGUGAGCUUCUCUCUCUACAGGCUAUAUACCGAUGGUGAAUGGUAUGCUAAGGCUCUCUCUCUCACCUGACCCAAAGCUCCUCUUCAGCUACAGUUCCAGCUCCAAUGUUGACCGCUUCGCCUUCAACUUCAAGCCUCACCUCCCGCAAAGUCGUCGUUCCAAUCCCCUCCUCCAGCCCCGCUCAAACUCUAAUUUCACUCUCUCCAGCUCCCUCCAAGCCUCGGCUAACACCGCGGCGCUUCAGCAAGUUCAGCAAGAACCGCGCGCCUCCGAGACCUCGGUGCUGCUCGACGUCUCCGGGAUGAUGUGCGGCGGCUGCGUCUCGCGAGUCAAAUCGGUGCUCUCCGCCGACGAACGAGUCGACUCUGUUGCGGUCAACAUGUUGACCGAGACGGCGGCGAUUAAACUGAGGCCGGAGGUCGCCGCCGACGGAGUUGAGACCGUGGCAGAGAGCUUGGCCGGGAGGUUGACGGAGUGCGGCUUUGCGUCGAAGAGGAGAGCUUCCGGGAUGGGAGUGACGGAGAGUGUGAGGAAGUGGAAAGAAAUGGUGAAGAAGAAAGAGGAGAUGUUAGUGAAGAGCAGGAACAGAGUGAUUUUCGCUUGGACUUUGGUGGCCUUGUGUUGUGGAUCACACGCUUCCCACAUUUUGCAUUCUCUUGGAAUUCAUGUAGCUCAUGGAUCGUUUUGGGAGGUGCUUCAUAAUUCGUAUGUGAAGGCUGGUUUGGCUUCUGGAGCUUUGUUAGGACCCGGACGAGACUUGCUUUUUGAUGGUCUGAGAGCCUUAAAGAAAGGAUCCCCCAAUAUGAAUUCUCUUGUGGGAUUUGGAUCCCUAGCUGCUUUCACAAUUAGUGCGGUCUCGCUUCUUAACCCUGGCCUUCAAUGGGAUGCGUCGUUCUUUGAUGAACCGGUCAUGCUUCUUGGUUUUGUGCUCCUAGGACGUUCUCUUGAAGAAAGGGCAAGGAUCAGGGCAUCUAGUGAUAUGAAUGAACUCUUGUCACUGAUAAACACGCAAUCAAGACUUGUAAUUGCUUCCUCAGAAAAUGAUUCCUCCGCCGACAGUGUACUUUGCGCUGAUGCAAUAUGCGUUGAGGUCCCAACUGAUGAUAUUCGAGUUGGAGACUCUGUGUUGGUUUUGCCAGGAGAAACCAUACCUGUGGAUGGAAGAGUUCUGGCUGGAAGAAGUGUUGUGGACGAAUCCAUGCUUACACUGGGUAUGUUUACGUAUACUGGAGAAAGGGCAUCUGUUCACUUAUUUCAGGAUGGUCCAUUGCGGGUUGAAGCAUCUUCAACUGGCUCCAAUUCAAUGAUAUCCAAGAUUGUUCGCAUGGUUGAGGAUGCUCAAGGCAAUGAAGCACCCAUACAAAGGCUUGCUGAUUCAAUAGCUGGACCAUUUGUAUACAGUAUAAUGACGCUGUCAGCUACAACAUUUGCCUUUUGGUACUACAUUGGAACACAAAUUUUUCCUGAUGUUUUGCUCAACGAUAUUGCGGGCCAAGAUGGAGAUCCAUUGUUGUUGAGCUUGAAACUUGCCGUGGAUGUCUUGGUAGUUUCUUGCCCUUGUGCACUGGGUCUUGCCACACCCACGGCAAUCCUAGUUGGCACUUCUCUUGGAGCAAGGCAAGGGCUCCUUGUGAGAGGAGCAGAUGUGCUGGAACGCUUGGCCAACAUAGAUUAUAUUGCUUUAGACAAGACAGGAACCCUCACAGAAGGAAAACCUGCUGUUUCGGGUAUUGCUUCUUUUAUGUAUGAAGAGUCGGAAAUUCUUCAAAUUUCUGCCGCGGUAGAGAAUACAGCAUCACAUCCAAUUGCCAAGGCCAUCAUAAAUAAAGCAAAAUCAUUAAAUAUUAGUAUCCCAGUCACGAAAAGGCAAUUAACAGAACCAGGUUUUGGAACUUUAGCAGAAGUAGAUGGCCGUUUGGUUGCAGUUGGUAGUUUAGAAUGGGUUCACAAACGGUUCCAGGGACGAACCGAUAUGUCUGAUAUUUUGAAUCUAGAACAGGCUGUGCGUCAAACAUCAGAAGGCAUUACACCUUCAGGCUAUUCAAAAACAAUUGUAUAUGUUGGACGUGAAGGAGAAGGCAUCAUCGGUGCUAUUGCAAUAUCUGAUAGCCUGCGGCAUGAUGCUGAGUUUACUGUAACUAGACUCCAGCAGAAAGGUAUCAGAACUGUCCUUUUUUCUGGAGAUAGGGAAGAGGCAGUUGCAACUAUAGCGAAAGCUGUUGGAAUAGAAAAUGAAUUUAUCAAAUCAUCAUUGACUCCACAAGGGAAAUCUGGAGCUAUUUCUAGUCUUAAAGAUGAAGGGCAUCGUGUUGCAAUGGUUGGUGAUGGCAUAAAUGACGCACCAUCUUUGGCUCUUGCGGACGUUGGGAUUGCUCUUCAGGUUGAGGGGCAAGAAAAUGCUGCUUCAAAUGCUGCUUCCAUCAUACUUCUUGGAAACAAAUUAUCACAAGUUGUAGAUGCACUGGAACUGGCACAGGCAACAAUGGCAAAAGUGUACCAGAAUUUAUCUUGGGCGGUUGCAUAUAACGUAAUUGCAAUCCCCAUAGCUGCCGGAGUCCUGCUUCCUCAAUAUGAUUUUGCCAUGACACCAUCGCUUUCCGGAGGGAUGAUGGCUUUGAGCUCAAUAUUUGUAGUUACCAAUUCAUUGCUUCUACAGCUCCAUAGGUCUGACGGGAGUAGAAAGAUUAGCUAGCUCCGCUACUGCUGCAGAUUUCCGUCUGUUCAAGCAUUGGAGUUGAAUAAUUUGGUUUAAUUUAAAUUGUUUUCUGUUUAACAGUGGGAUUAAUUGAACGGUGAAGUUAUUGCUUCCUUAUUCCAUCUGUAUUGUCCCAUAAUUUUUGUAAUUGGUAUAAUAUAGCAUCAAUAAUUUCGAAUCUCAGAGAGGGUCACGUAUAAUAUAGAAUUAUGUAUUGUACCAGAGAAACUGUCACGUACGAUGUGUGCGCAGAUUUAAUGAGGAGAAAGUAAAAGUAUCCUUUAGUUUUAA